UUUAUUUUAACCAUGUAGUAUCCCUGCUACACAAACUAUUAAUCGCACAUCAUAUUUAGCGCUAGUGUAAAAGAGGAAGAAACUGACUUCCGUUUCUACAGUAGCGCCACCACUCGGCCGCUCCGGCGGGAUCUCAUAUUUUUCCGUGCGCGCACGACGAUCGCACGUCGCUCGCUUCGUAUUUUCAGUUAUUUUAAAUUAAGCAGUUUUAAUUUAAAAUUCACUUUUAAAAUAAACAUUAUAAGAUGCCUAAACGCAAACGGAACGAGUCAAAAGAAGAACGAUGGGAAAGAAAGAGGAAAAGGUACGAAAGGAGGCUCGAAGAGCAAAGAAAAAGGAAUUCCCAACGUAUUAUCUACUCCAGCGAAGAGGACGAUGUACAAUUUGAAGAUCAUCUCCUCGACGAAGUAGAUGGAAUAGAGGCGAUUCCAAAUGACUCUGAAAAUGAGGUUGAGGCGCCGCAGCCGCCCCCGUCGUCGCCGUCAGCACCGCCGCCCGGACCCACGUCCGUUGACGUCACAAAUUCUGAAUCUAUGGAUCCCGUACCAGAGGUUGAUCCCGAAAUAGAUACUGAAUUGCUGGAAGCCCUAGGCGUUUUCGAAGACGAGCCUCUAGAAUGGGGAGAAGAUAUCCAAGAGGCUAUAGCAAAAAGGUUCGAGCGAGUGUUGUUACAAGGACUAAAAAAAGACGAAAAGGCUGACCUUCUUAAAAAAUACUUAUUCCCGAAAAAUUGUCCGUCUACAAAACCGCCCAUGCUUAACCCCGAGUUAACUAACAUGCUGCAUGAAAACGCAAAAACUAGAGACAAGCGCUUGUUAGAAAAACAGAGCCAAAUUGGAAAAGCUCUCUCAGCACUUGGUUCAGCCAUGACUUCAUUGCUGAAGAAGAACAUGGACAAAGCAGAUGUUGUCCGAAACCUAAAUGACGCGGCUAAGAUUCUCGCCGAUUCUCACUUCGCCGAAACUGAGACCCGUCGGGCAUUGAUUCUUCCUCUGAUCGACAAACCUCUCAUAGAAUCCUUCAAAGAAAGAAGAAGAGAUAGUUUUCUGUUUGGAGAUAAACUUUGUGAGCUAGUCAAAAACUCGCGGGGCAUCAUGAGGACAGGACAGAUAAUCCAAGGACCGACUGCAGGUACUUCCGGUACCAAUUUAAACUCGAGAGGCCCACCACCUCGGUACCGCCAGCAGUAUCGCACUGGCCCAUUCCAACCGAGCCGAGGUGGGCAGAGAACUCCAUAUGUCCAACGACGCCGGCCCCCGCCUCCCCCGCCACCGGCCCGCCGGCCGCCGCCGCCGCCGCCGCCGCCGCGCCGCCCGCCUGCGGCGAGGCAACCAGCGCAGCCUCCACGCCGCGACGAUCGCCAGACCUAGAUGCGCAAGCUCAGAACAGAACACCCGCUGCACAAACACCUUUCCCUGGCAGCGAGUGUGUUAUCAGGCAAGGACUUUUGAAACAAGGGGUUCCCGAGUCUGCCGUAGACAUUAUGUCAGCCUC